CACAGCUCCCAUGAACUGACAGGAGGAUGGUGCGCUGCAUUCCCAGCAUUCUGUGAGGAGGAUCCCCCCCUGCGCAUCCACAGCGGAGAAGGAGACGCCGAGACAAACUAAAAUAUAUCAAAUCCUCCAGAUUGAGCUGGUAAUCUGCCACCAUGUCCGCUGGAGGAGAUUUGGGGAACCCCCUGAGGAAAUUUAAACUGGUGUUUUUGGGAGAGCAGAGCGUGGGGAAAACGUCUCUCAUCACCAGAUUUAUGUACGACAGUUUUGACAACACGUAUCAGGCAACCAUUGGGAUUGACUUCCUAUCAAAGACCAUGUAUCUGGAGGACCGGACAGUAAGGCUGCAGCUGUGGGACACAGCCGGACAGGAGCGCUUCAGAAGCCUGAUUCCAAGCUACAUUAGGGAUUCUACAGUGGCAGUGGUUGUAUAUGACAUUACAAAUGUGAAUUCCUUCCAGCAAACCUGCAAAUGGAUUGAUGAUGUCAGGACAGAGAGAGGAAGUGAUGUCAUCAUCAUGCUAGUUGGCAACAAGACAGACUUGGAGGAGAAGAGGCAGAUCACGAUCGAAGAAGGAGAACAGAGAGCCAAAGAGCUGAAUGUGAUGUUCAUAGAGACCAGUGCCAAGACCGGCUCCAAUGUCAAACAGCUGUUUCGCCGAGUCGCCGCAGCCCUCCCUGGAAUGGAAAGCUUGGACGAUGCGAAUCCCGAAGGCAUGAUUGACAUCAAGCUGGACAAACCAGCAGAGCCCACCGUCCCCGAGGGAGGGUGCUCCUGUUAAUGCCGAGCUGCAUUUGGACAGCUCACUUCACAUCAUAGGCUUGUUGUGUUGCUUACUACUGGUUAGCUUCCAGGUGACUUCUCUAAGUGGAUAUAGAAUCUGGGCCUUGUACUUUAAUUGGACAAACCAAAUAUUAUCUUUCAGUCUUGUUUAGUUGUAAGAUAUUGUAUACUUUGUCAAUAUGUAAGUGAUUAAGAAAGGAAAUGGAUAAAUUAACAAAAAAAAAUAAUACAUUUGGAGGAAAAAUAAAAAGAGAGCAGAUGAGGAAUUUUUUUCUUUGCUGUUAUGUUUUGUAAUUUUAUAUAUAAAAUGGAAAGCACCAAAAAUCUUGCCUAAACAAAGAAGAGGGAAACGUCGGUGGUCAGCUGUUUUCCAGAUGGCUGUCUGAAUGUCUGCAGCACGCAUGCACGCUGUUCUGAUCUUUGAUCUAAUGGCCUGCCCUCCGGGGUCUUCAUCCUUUUGGAGGGGGGCUGUCUAUUUAAGAAUGUUUUAUAGCAUUUCCCCAUAGCAUAUCUUCUCAUGAGAAAAGAAAAAAACAGUAUUGCUUUUGACAUUCUCACAAGUGUCCGCUUUCAAAGAUUCACCUAACAGUAGCUGUGAAAAUGUGGCACUCUAUCUCUCUAUGGGUUUAACUUUUAUAGAACAAACUGUACUGUGGUUAAAACAAAUAACUUGCUAUCACAACUUCCCAUUACUCAACAACUCCCCUUCCUUCCCUCCUUCAAGUGUCCUCACCCUUCUAUCCUGGUAAUAAGAAAACACUGUAAUGCACUGCACUGUAUAUAAUGAUGUAAUAUGUAUGUUGUAAACGUCCCUCUGUAGAAGUGGUCCUUGUUCACCAGUAUGAAUAAUGUAAUAACGUUUAAUGAUUAAAAACUUCAAGAUUAAAGGGCUUCACUCUCCUCACCAUCCACAUU